AUGGCUCCCCGUCUCGAUAAGAUGAUCCUCGACGCCCUCGAGGAAGUCGCCAAUAAGUCCCGCAAACCCAUCGAUGAGGUUCUGCGCGACACGCAGACGAUCAUCGAGAACAACAUUGUCAAAGAGGAACCGGCUGCUGUGGACGAGGCCCUCGCUCAGGCUGCGCCGGUCGCUACCCCUGUCAAGACCGCCAACAAGGCCGCUGCGAAGACCACAGCGAAGACAUCUGCUCCAAAGGCUUCUGCUCCCGCGCCAGCUGUCGCCGAGGCCUCUGCUCCCGCUAACAAGCGCUCCGCUCAGAAGCCUCUGGUAUCUGCGGUCAAGCGGGCCGCCCCCAAGGUCAAGGCUCCUGCCUCCGACUCGGACACCGUUCCCGACGAGCCUGUGGCCAACCCUGCGAGCCAAGGCAACGCCAACCAGUUUCCUUGCGAAUUCUCCGCUUGCUCCAGAGUCUUUCAUCACAAGAGCUCGCGUAACCGCGUGAGUAUUCCGGCCAAAGCACGUGGUGUCAGCGUGAGUAAUGUCUGA